AUGGUCAGCUCCUGUUGUGGUUCUGUCUGCUCUGAGGAGGGCUGUGGCCAGGGUUGCUGCCAACCCAGCUGCUGCCAGACCACCUGCUGUAGGACCACCUGCUGCCGCCCCAGCUGCUGUGUGUCCAGCUGCUGCCGCCCCAGCUGCUGUGUGUCCAGCUGCUGCAGGCCCAGCUGCUGUGUGUCCAGCUGCUGCAGGCCCCAGUGCUGUCAGUCUGUGUGCUGCCAGCCCACCUGCUGCCGCCCCAGCUGUUGUCGUCCCAGCUGCUGCAUCUCUAGCUGCUGUCAACCCUCCUGUGGUGGUUCCAGUUGCUGUGGCUCCAGCUGCUGCCGCCCCUGCUGUCGCCCUUGCUGUUGCCUGAGACCAGUCUGUGGUCAGGUCUGCUGCCAAAGCUCUUGCUACCGCCCCACCUGUGUCAUCUCCACCUGUCCCCGCCCCAUGUGCUGUGCCACCCCCUGCUUACUAAUCAGAACCUCCACCUCCAACACCAUGGUUAGCUCCUGUUGUGGCUCUGUCUGCUCUGAGGAAGGCUGUGGCCAAGGCUGCUGCCAGGCCACCUGCUGUAGGACCACCUGCUGCCGCCCCAGCUGCUGUGUAUCCAGCUGCUGCAGACCCAGCUGCUGCCAGCCCAGCUGCUGCAGACCCAGCUGCUGCCAGCCCAGCUGCUGCAGACCCAGCUGCUGCCAGCCCAGCUGCUGUGUGUCCAGCUGCUGCAGACCCAGCUGCUGCCAGCCCAGCUGCUGUGUGUCCAGCUGCUGCAGACCCAGCUGCUGCAGACCCCAGUGUUGCCAGUCUGCAUGCUGCCAGCCCACCUGCUGCCGCCCCAGCUGCUGCAUCUCCAGCUGCUGCCAACCCUCUUGUGGUGGUUCUAGCUGCUGUGGCUCCAGCUGCUGCCGCCCAUGUUGCCGCCCCUGCUGCUGCCUGCGUCCAGUCUGUGGUCAAGUCUGCUGCCAAACCACCUGCUACCGCCCCACCUGUGUCAUCUCCACCUGUCCCCGCCCCAUGUGCUGUGCUACCCCUUGCUGCUGA